GAUUGGUGACGUCAGAUUGGAAUGAGGGAGUGAAUGUUCCGGGUCAGACUGAGAGGAAAUUAACUCUGGGACAAGGAAAACAGUACGUUACACGAAAUAAAACAGAGAUGUGAUCGUUUUCUGGACACGAUUAGAAAAACUACUAACAUCCCAGUGGCGACGUGAUUAAAGGAUAAAGAACCAAGCGAAAAUCAGGUGCCUACAACUAUUCAAAGUGAGAGACAGCGUAUGUAGUAUUCCAUGGUGUCCAGUGCAAUUUAUUUACGCCUGUGGAGGUGGUUUCGAUGUUUGUUGUCUUUGAAAAUUCGUUCGAAUAGCAAGAAGGUGUUUGGCAAGCCAUCUAGCUAGUUCAGUUCGAGUAGUAGCUGUCCGUAUUCAGUUGCGCCUUCCGUUUCAUUUAUUUUACGUCUUUUCGGGCUAUUUUUUAAGAACGGAUUUUGCCAUCACCCCGUGAUGUUUCAGUGUAUACCCCUGUGGCGGUGCAAUCGUCAUGUUGAAUUGAUCGAUAAGCGGCACUGUUCUCUGUUAUACGUUCCGGAUGAGAUCUACCGCUACAGUCGGAGUUUGGAGGAGCUUUUGCUGGAUGCUAACCAACUCAGUGACUUGCCCAAGCCAUUUUUUCAGCUGCUAAAGCUACGAAAGCUGGGCCUGAGUGACAACGAGAUCCAAAGACUUCCUCCAGAAAUUGCAAACUUCAUGCAGCUGGUAGAACUUGAUGUCUCUCGUAAUGACAUCAUGGAAAUUCCAGAGAGCAUUUCUAACUGUAAAGCUCUCCAAGUAGCAGACUUUAGUGGAAACCCAUUAACAAGAUUGCCUGAGAGUUUUCCAGAGCUUCAGAAUUUAACAUGCCUUUCCAUCAAUGACAUUUCGUUGCAGGCUCUUCCCGAAAACAUUGGAAACCUCUCCAACUUGGUAUCACUGGAACUCAGAGAGAAUCUGCUGACAUAUUUACCAGAGUCACUAUCGCUACUUCACAGGCUUGAAGAACUUGACCUAGGGAACAAUGAACUUUACAAUUUGCCAGAAACAAUAGGAUGUCUUGUCAGCUUAAAGGACUUGUGGCUGGAUGGAAACCAGUUGGCUGAAAUACCUGCAGAGAUGGGCAGCAUGAAAAGCCUCCUGUGUCUAGAUGUAUCAGAGAACAAGCUGGAGCACCUUCCAGAGGAGAUGGGUGGCCUGGUCUCCCUUACUGACCUGCUGGUGUCCCAGAACCUCAUCAAUGCUCUGCCAGAGGGCAUAGGAAAACUAAGGCGACUGUCGAUAUUGAAAGCAGACCAGAAUCGGCUUGCCCAGCUACCAGAGAGCAUUGGCAACUGUGAGAGUCUCACUGAACUGGUGCUCACUGAGAAUCGGCUACAGAGUUUGCCAAGAAGUAUUGGUAAACUAAAGAGACUUUCCAACUUCAACUGUGAUAGGAACCGACUAGCGUCAUUGCCAAAAGAGAUUGGAGGCUGCAGUAGCCUGAAUGUCUUCUGUGUUCGAGGGAACAGGCUGACAAGAAUUCCCUCUGAGAUCUCUCAGGCCACAGAACUGCAUGUGUUUGAUGUGUCUGGAAAUAGACUACUCCACCUACCCAUAUCUCUGACCAUGCUGCGACUCAAGGCCCUGUGGCUGUCAGAGAACCAGUCCCAGCCUCUACUCACCUUCCAGAAUGACAUGGAUCCAGAGUCGGGGGAAAAAGUGCUCACCUGUGUUCUCCUGCCCCAGCAGCCUUUAGAACCUGACAGUAAAGGCUCAGACAACCUUGCUCGCUGCGGUGCUCUGGAAAGCCUGGUGAAUGACGUGGUGGAUGACACCUGGGAUGACAGGGCCAUGAACAGGAUCAGUGCCAUCCACUUCCUGGAUGAUAACGAUGACGAGGAUGAUGAAAAGGGAACGCUGAUGCGACGGGCCACUCCUCACCCAGGCGAGCUGAAGACUAUGAAGAAAGCAGCGGAGAACCUCCGCAACGACCUGAACGCUGCCAAAGGCCUGGAUUCCAACAAAAACGAGGUCAAUAAUGCUACAGUCACCACGUCUGUGUGACUCUUACCUCAGAAACAUUCUUACCUCUUGUGUCUCUCACCAUGUUCUCCUGCACAACCCCUUGAACCUACUUUUCCCCACAAACCCCUCUGCGAUCUACCUACCCCUCCUGCAGCUCAUCCCUGGGACUCUGCUGUGAUCCUCUUGUCCAGUAUCUUACUUCAUCUCCAAUACCCUGCACGGUAUCUGGCUCAGACUACCAGGGCCCAUGUGCCUUCUUUUCAAACUAUUGUGCUAUCUUUUCAAACAGCAAUAAUAUGCACAGGUGUGUUCCUUUUUAAAGGUAUUUUUUAAAGUUAGUGCUUUUUAAAGAUGUAUUUUUUCCUUUUUUUUUACAGACAAUAGGUAGUUGCACUACUGUAAGUCUUAAGUAUAUUAAAUAAUGUUGACAUUUAUAUAUAUUUGUUUUAUUUUUUAAAUACUGGGGAAUAUUUCUUUUUACAUUUUGGGGAUACUUCGUUUUUGGACCUACUGAUUUAAGGAUUAUUGUAUAGUCAUUUGUGAAUAUCGAUACUUUUAUACUUUUUGGCAGCUCAGAUGGUGUAAAUUAAAACAAUGUAUAGCAAGUUUCUUAAACUAUCGCAGAAUUUAAAAAAUGUUAUCUUGGUAUUUGGUACGUAUUUUAUUUCCUUUUUAGUGUUUUCCUUUUAAGUAAAAAAACAAACAAAUGCAGUUGCUAAUGUCUUAUCAAAACAAUAUAAUUCCCUUUGGGUGAGUAGACAGCCUCGAAUCUUCUUUUCUACUCCAUUGUCUAACUUCUUAAUCAAAUCCUAAACUCAUUUUUAUAUAGACAUGUUUGGUAAUUUUGUAAUUAAGUUUGGAACAUGUACCAUAACCACUCUCCCACAACAGAUUGAGUGGAAGUGACAAGGCUGUCUUACUUUCUUUCAUUGCGAUUCACUGCUUUGAAAUGUUUUCUUAAUACCAGAUACCAGAAACAGCUGCAUUUUAACAUUUGCCACUUUCUCCCUUUAACACAUGAGCUUAGACUUUCAAUGGCCAAUUUUCAUUACAAACAAGGUAAUAAGAACCAGGGUGGAAUCUUUUGAAAAUGCAGUUUAAGCAUACACUAAUGCACUUCUUAGUUUAUUGCGUCUUAAUAAAACGGAAUGUUCUUCAAAUGGUACACUACAACAUUGAUUUAACUUUUUUUGUUUUAAAUGUAUUUCAAGGAGAGGACCAUAUAAAUUUGUUUUAAUGUGGAUUUCAUCUUUCUUUUUAAAUUAUUUUUAUUUUAAUGAUCAAGCUGCACAAAAACACAAUUUGAAAUUGGCAUGGACACUGAGCCUACAGGUUUGGACGACUUUUAACCACUGAUAAAAUAAAAUGGGUUUAAAACCAAACAUGAUUCGUUAUUCCCCUUAACUUAGUUUUUAGUCCAUUACUCUUUAGUGUUUCAGCCUUUAGUCCUUUAUGAAAAAUGUAGACCUUCUGUUUUUGCUUCACCAUCUCACAUUGUUAACACGUCAUCUAACGUCUCAUAUCUGUUAACAUGUCAAAUCAUAAAUGCCAUAUUUUGUGUAUUCAAGCCGCACAUGCCCGUUAUCAUUGAUUAUUCUUAAAUACUGUAUGUAUUUGCCAUUCAAAUUGGAUUAGAUUUUAACCGUUUAAUUUCAUUUUUUUUUUUAAGGAAAUCACUCAUAGUUUUAACAAUGCCCAGUGAUAAAAAGCUCAUCAGGGUGGUCAUUCACACGUUAGUACUUUUUCCUCAACCAUUCAUCUCCUGUUUUGUCCAUCCAACUUGCAUUGCAUGACUUGUGUAUAUAGUAUGCAACACCUCACCCAACUGUCAUGUGCUGUAUGUGAAGUCUGCUUGUCUUGAAAUGAGAGUGUAAGUAUGGACUGCAUUCAAUGUUGCAUUCACAAAGUUUAAAUUCCAUGUGUUUAUCUCAAGUAGAUGUUUAUAUUGUAUUAAUACAAUGCAAUGAGUAUCGUUA